AUGGAAAAAUAUGGGUUUUCUUUGGUUCAAACCUGCAAUAAGCGUUUAAUUUCAAUAUUAUUUAAUAAGAGAUGUUUAACUUCUCGACUGCAUAGACAGUUUUUUGCCAAUAUUCAAUCAAACAAUAACAAAAAUGGACAAACUGCUAUUGAAUCACCAAUAUUUAUUCCUUCUUCCCCAACAUCUCCCAUUUCUACCACAGUCACGAAAAGUUCUCCAAUAUUGCGAUAUCAAUUAAUGAAAAAUUUAAUAAAGGAUAAAAGAUUUCAUGAGAUUGUAGCUAAAGGUGAUAAAUUACUAUUUGAAAUAGAUACUAUUAAUGAUAAUAUUAAAAUACGAUGGAAAAAUGAUGUCAGUUUAAAAGAAUUUAUAUUAUAUUUUAAUUCGCUAAUUGUACUGAGAAGAUGGGAUCAAAUUGAUAAAAUGAUGAAUAAAUGUAUUUCACAAUUUUCGAUAUCGGAUAAAAAGAAAAUUAUCAAAUUGCUUGCUAAUACCUUUAAACAAAUGUUGCAGGUGUCAAUCAAUAAAUCUGAUAAAGACUUGUUACUGAAAACUUUUGUAAUUUGGAGUGUGUGGAUUAAAAGGUUAAAUGGAACUUGUGAAUUAUUAGACUAUAUGAGAGAUAAGAAUUUAUUAUACCAUAUUUUACAGUUUGUUAGAUCCGUGACUUUUAUCCAUAAACAAGGUCCAAUCACAAUUUUUUUGGAAGAAGUUUUAUUAAAAGUUAAAGACAACAUUGGAGCAUCAGCUGCUUCACAGUUAGCAUCUACUUUUAUUAAUCUUUUGAGUAAAGAUGAAAAUUUUGUAGGACUGACCCAUAUCUGGCAAUUUAAAGUUAAAUAUGGGCUUCCAAUAACAACUAAUGAUUUAACACAAAUUAUGAAAGCUCAUGUUUAUACACAUAAUUAUAAGAAGUUGCUGAAACUUUAUGAUAUGUAUCCUAAUGCACAUGGCGAUACCAUACAAUUUGACUAUUUAUUAUUAUCAUAUACAAGGUUAAAGAAUUGGUCUGCCUUACAAAAACAGUUUGAUGCACUUUUUAGUAUUGGUAAAUUACCAAAUGUGAAUCAUUAUGAAAUUGUAAUCUUUGCAAUGGCAUAUGAACUGGAAUUGGAUAAAGUAGAAAUGUUGUAUGACCAAUUUUUAAGACGCGGAAUGACUCCGACUUAUUCAAUAAUCCAAUCUUUAUUGUAUGUCCAUUAUAAAUGCAACAAAUUUUUAUCAUGUUUUCAACAAUUUCAAUUAUUUGAAAAAUAUAAUAUUCAACCAAGUAGGAAUACUUAUUUGAUUAUGUUUAAAGUAUUUAAAGAAUUGAAUAAUAUGGAAGGUUCACUGAAAUUAUUAAAAGAUAUCACACAAAAGUCACCAUCUAUAGUAAAUGAGAAGAUUUGUUCUAUAAUGAUACAACAAUGUUCAAAAGUAACAAAUUACACAAUUGCACAAGAGAUUUUUAAUGUCAUGAUUGAUUAUUAUAAUAUUCAACCUACUCCUUUGUCUGUCGCAUCAUUAAUGAUGGUUUACAAUUCUUGUCAGAAAUAUAAUUCAGCUUUACAACUUUUCAAUAAAUAUACGAAGAAAUUCAAUUCAAAAUAUUAUAAUUUGGGUUGGUUAUACGAGAAGGCGAUGGAGUCAUAUAUUGGACUAAGACAAUAUGAAAAUUGUUCAAAUCUUAUCAGAGAAUUGGAAAAGAUACAUAUCCAAGAUAAAAGAUCCUAUUAUAAUACACUUUUAACCUAUGAAAUUGAAGUUAAAAAUGAUAUAGAUAAAGCUAUGGAGUUAUUGAAAGAAAUGAUAGCAAAUAAUCGGGUGGAACCUUUACAUAUUGAAAAACUGAUGAUGAAGUUCAACAAUCCAAGAGGUUAUACUUCAAUAUUGAAAUUAUACAAUAUGAUGAUUAAAACUAGGAUACCCUUGAAUUCAAAGAUAUUGUAUUACAUUAUUAAAGCAACUUUUCAAUUACAAAUGUCAAUAAAAAAUGAUUUGAGUAGGACAAUCCAAUUGUUAGAAGAUAUAAUGGAUAGCGUUGCCAAUGGUAAGAUUAAACUCGUAUCAGGGAGCCAAUUACACCCCUCUGUUUUUGGUUGGCCAAUUAGAACUAUUGCAAGAGAUUACAACCCAAAAAUCGCCACAAACUUAUUAAAUAAGUAUAAUAAAUUAUUCUAUGAUAAAGAUGACAAGAGUUUCAGAUUAAAUAAUAAACUGAUUAAUUUGAGAACGAUGAUUAUACUGUACGGUGAAUUAAAUCAAUGGGAUGAGGUUAAUUAUUAUUUCCAGCAGCUACUAUUGCAACUAAAGAAUUUCUCUGAAUCAAGUUCUGCAACAAUGAAGAAUAUCAAAUUAAAUACAAUCUUUAAUGGGAUCAUUGAAUAUAAGUUGAAACAAUUAGAUAAUAGUGGAAAAAUAGCUGAUGAAUUGCCUAAUCUUUUGGAAAAAAUAUUAAAACAAGGAUAUAUACUGAACAACCAUUCAUGGAAUGAGGUAGUAUCUAUCUUAUUAAAAGAUCCUAGAACGUUGGAAGUUGCCAUGGAAUACAUUAAUGAGAAGUUAAUAUAUGGAUUUAAUACAAUUCAUAAGAACAGGUUACUGAGAAGUAUUAAAAAUAAUCUUGUGAAUAGGCAUAAAGAUAGUGAAAAAUCGUGGUCAUUAACAGUGAAAAAAAUACCUUUAGAACAAAAAACACCUAGUUUAUAUUUGAAGAGUGACAGAUACAGUCAAUUGAUUCAUUAUAUGAGGAUGAAGUUAAAUGAAUUAAGUUUUCAUGAUUAUAAUAAAUUGAUUAUGGAAAGUUGGUGUGUCAAAUACCCUCAUGUUAUGAAGGAUUUUUUGUUAUUAAAUCAUUCUUCUCUGAUUCAUGAUUGGGAUAAGUUUGAAAAGUCAAACGAGAAUUUUUUAAAAAGGUUGAGAACUGUUAAAAGGGCCAGUGUGAUAAUUAAUAGAUGA